UGCCGCGAGAGGCCGCUUUAGAAUCGGUUUUCUGCGUUAAUGGUGGUUUCGAGGAGGUGUUUGCUUAGGUGGUCCAGAGAGAUUUUUUCUUUUAUGAAGUUUGGUCGUGGUAAAAAUAACACCAAGGAUCCCUGUCUUGUUAUUUUUAUCCUUAUAUUUUGCUGGAAAGAAAACAACAUAGACAGGAGAAUUCUGAGAGAAGCUGUGGCGGUUGUUGUAUGCAGCCGAUGCGGCCCAGGGGGUGAGCGGAUCAGGGCGUCGGACAGAUUUUUUUUUCUGCCGGCUGACGGAGAAGCAACAGUCUUUUACAGCGGAGCUACAUUUUAAGUGGACGUCGGUUUGGGAGAGGACGACGAAGAUGUCGCAUCGAAUGGCACAUCUCGACCAAAGAUCGUAAGAGACGAGAACAGAACAGGAUAGAACCGAGCAGCGCGGAAAGUGGAACUCCCUUGGUGGGCCUUGUCUGCAAGAAAGGAAUAAGAAUACCCAGUUUUUUUUUGUUUUGUUUUUUUUGCUUUAUUUUCUACUGGUGUUUUGUGAGCAGAAACCCCUGAAAUCCCAGUCCCGGUGCUUAGUUCCGGAGAGCUGGGGUUCAGGGGGUUGGGGUGGGGGGAGAAAAGAUCGACGAACGACGGACUCGAGGGAAGGCUGCUGGCGACAGAAUGCUCGAAGUCAUGUCCGAGCAUCAAGAUUCCCUUAUGAAAUGCAAACCGGAGUCUCUGCCUCCUGAGAAGCGAAAGAGGACAGUAGAAGACUUUAAGCAAUUUUGCAGCUUUGUUUUGGCAUAUGCUGGUUAUAUCCCAACUCCAAAAGAGGAAAGUCCGUGGACACCCACAAGUUCCAGUUCUCCACACAGUCAGGCCAAAGGUGGUGGAGACUCAAGUGAUGGUUGGACUUCAGCGCAUUCUGAUUUGCACACUAUUCAGACAUUUGUUCACAAAGCUCGUGUCUCCAAAGGUAAAGGGUUACCAAGGCUCAACUCAGAUGGUACUCUGUUGGAGAAAAUGAGACUCAAGGAUUCCCUGUAUGACAGCAGCAGCAGCUCUAACACCACUUCAAAAUCUGAAAGGAAGAAAGAAAAGAAACUAAAAAAGCUAAGCAACACAAUAGGCUCAUCAGCUUCAAUAGGAACGUUUGGUCAGGAGAAGGGGAGUCGAAUCAAAAGCAGUAAAAGCACUAAGACUACAAAAGUUCUUAAGAAAUUAAAGAGUUCUGCUCAAAGUGAAACUGAUUCUGAGGGAGUCCCCAGCUUGGGAUUAGUGGUGCCAAGAGGGCCAGGUCAAGGAUCUGGAGAUGGAUACAUGGCAAGAUUAGACUUCAGUGAUUCAGGCGAGAUGAAAGUUGAAGAUCAGAGUUCAUCUGAAAAAAAGGAGUCUGAAUUGGCUGAGAGUUUUGAGGAAGAUUCUACUCGUGAGGCAGACAGAAGUUCUAGUGAAAGGGAGACCUGGAUUGCAGAUGAGGAUAUCAUGGUUGAAUCAGGAGACGACUCAUGGGACUUAAUCACCUGCUACUGCCGAAAGCCCUUUGCUGGCCGACCCAUGAUAGAAUGCAAUCAGUGUGGCAUUUGGGUGCACCUCUCCUGCGCAAAAAUUAAAAAGUCAAAUGUGCCAGAUAUCUUCUACUGCCACAAGUGCAAAGAUGUGCGUAUUGACCGCCGAUCAGGGCCCAAGAAGGACGCUGAGAAAGUCUAAUAUUUGUUCAAGGUCCCCACCCAGCUGUGGCUCUGUCUCCCUUUCUUAAUCAGAAACUCUUGAUGGAACGACUCAAUUUUCUUCAAUGUGGACAAAUAAAUAUCUGGAUGACUUCUGCAAAGGCAGUAUAAAGCACAGAAUUCAGCAACAUGGCCCUGUCAUGUGUGCAACAAGUUUUUGUUUCACUUUUAUUUUGUUUGUUUUAAAGUAGUUUUUCAAAGUAUCAGUAAUUUACUAUACAAUUGUUCACAUGCUGUUUUGGUUUAAAAUUCACUUUUUUGUUUAUGAGUGGUUUUUUGGCUUGUUAAUACAUGUUUAAUUGCUGCAAGUAAUAAUUUGAAGAGGCAAUUCACGUUGUUAAAUGUUUUAUGUACAAUAAUCAAAAAUAAGUGUAGCUGGCUUAUUUUCAUUUUUAGAGGAAAACCAGUCUUCAUUUUUGUCCUCCUUCCAGGUCGAUGGCACAUUUGAUAGCACUUGGCUAAGUUUCUGGUAUUUCAAAUGCAGUGCUUAGUGAGAUUUAACAAGAACCACACUUGCAAGGAGGUAUAAACCCUUUAUGCUAAGUUAAUGACUUUUUUGGUUGAUAGAGUAUUAUAUGGAUUUAUAAUUAAUUGCUCAAAAUAGCUGAACAAUUAAACAAGCAACAGUAUAUAUUGACUAAGGUUUAAGUUUUAGGAGAGCAAUAUCUAUUUUCAUGACCCUUUGGUUCUGCUAGUGGAAAGGAAGAUUCUUAAUUGUGUAGUACCAAGGCAAUUUGCUGCUGCUUGAAUUGUUGGAGGGUGGUCUCUCUGGACAUGUGCCAAGUUUUUCUUUAAAAGUGAGUAAAUAGUCAAACUAAUUAAUGAGGAGCACCAAGAAUUGAGAACAUAAAAUUUCUGCACAACUCGAGAGUUCAGUUUACCCAUUCCACAUAUAAAGUGGAGAGGGUGUAACAAGGUACAGUGGAUGGCCUUGAAGCAGAGAAGAAAAAAAUCCUCUCUCUGUGUAAGAAAAGGGGAAUUUUAGAAAAUUAGAUUUUAAAAAGCAACUCCUUUUGUCCUAUAGAUACUUGAAGAUUCCCUUACAAAAUAGUGAUUGUGCCUUAAAUUACUUUGAGAAUCAAAAAGAAUCCCUUUCACGAAUUGUCUAUUCUGUUGGUUACUAAGAAUAAAGAGAGCAUUCCAUGCUGCAUAUAUUGAAAACUAAAUUGCUAUAUAAACAAACUUACUAUUUUAUUAGUAGUAAUUGCUUGGUUGACAAGGAAAACAAUCCUUUUUGUAAUAAAUUCUUAUACAGUCGUAUUAGCAAAAUGGUUAUGGAGAAUGUUUGAUCUUCCCAAUGCAGUAAUGAUAUAUUGGCAGAGUUUUUGGAUACUUCACUCCUGUUGUUUGUUAGGUUCUGCUGAAACCUGCUUAAUUUCAGAAGGGAAAAAAUGUUAACAUUUAGGGGGAAAUUAAAACCAUUUAGAUUAAAGGCACUAUAGCUCAUUUCAUUUUUUUAACCUGUGCCUUAAAGAAAGUCACUUAGAAGCUAGCUAUGCAAGCACAUUAUCUUUAACAUCUUUUCUUCCGGACAAUGUUGCGAAAGUCUGACAUUACACCAUUCAGAAAUGUCCAGUCGUACAAAUUCAAACAUUUGUUUUAUUAUGCCCUUUAUUAAGAAAUGCACUGUGCAAACCUUUUGGGAGAUGCUUCUAGGAUGAGGAAGGCAAUUAGGAGGUAUAUUACGACAUUGAAACACUGAUUCCAAAAUGUUUUUAUUUGUAGGAAAGGGUCGUCCCCCAUUUGAUGCCAGCUGAUGAAGUUACUUAAGGAUAUUGGCCCCAGGUUGCAACCCGACUUGCUGUCCUGUGCUCAAAGCUAAGCGAAAGAGAUAUUGAUCACAGUUUGGGCUUUGAAAUUCAGUUGGCCUUGCUGCAGGGGACAAGUUGUUUGUAUAUACUGGAUUUUUUAUUGUGUUUUGUUAAUAAUGACUUGUAGUCAAGAAAACAGCUCCCGAUUUAUUUAAUGAGUUUUGGAGCUUUGAGUUCAGUGUUGAGGGGGGGGGGGGGGGGGGGGGGGGUUGUAAUUCAGAGGGAGCAGGUCUCAUAGUUUUAGGGAUUUUAUUUUAUUUUUGCUGAUGGUUCUUGAAUUGAAAAAGUGAAUGCUAAAGAAGUGUUGCUUUGGUUGCUGCAGAUGUGCAGAAUAUUUUUUUAUUCCCUUUUCUGUACAUAAUUUGACCAGAUAUUGUACAUAUGUGAUUUAAAAAGAAAAAAGACAAUGUUAUAUUUUCUGCAUCAGAUGUUUUUUCCUUUAAUGUGUAGCUCAAUAAAUACAUUUUUUGAUUUA